AGUAUAUAUAAACGCAACCGACAGGGGUCAAGAAGCGAAUCACCAUGAUGCCAUCGACUCCGGUCGUUCUUGUCACAACGCUCGCAACACUCGUCCACCAUGUUGCUGCUUAAGACUCACUACCUCGUCCCUCUCCUCCUCUCCUUCACGGUUGACUUGACCUCGGCCUCACCCGCUCCUCAGAAACGCACGACCACGCUAGACAACGGCGCUCAGGUCAAUGGAAAGACGUACGACUACAUCGUUGUCGGCGGAGGACUUGCCGGCUCCGUCUUGGCAAAGAGGUUGACCGAAGGUCAGGCGGGAAGGACGGUGCUAGUAGUCGAGGCUGGAGAAGACAGGGAAGGUGAUGAGAGGGUAUACGAUGCUUCUCGAUACCAAUCCGCCUUUGAUACCGAGCUCGACUACGCCUUCCAGACGACCCCUCAACCGAGUUCUGGUUCGUCCUCGGAAGCGAAGACCAUCCGUGCCGGAAAGAUGCUGGGAGGAUCUACGGGGAUCAACGGACUAGCCUGGAGCAAACCACACGAUUUCCAGAUCGAUGCGUUGGCUGCCGUAGGGAAUGAAGGGUUGAAAUGGGACGUCUUGCAAGGAUACAUGAAAAAAGCCGAAGGGUUCCAACCUCCUUCGAACGGGUAUCAAUUCGAUGCAAGCUGCCAUGGCUCUGGUGGACCGAUUGGUGUGCAAUUUGAUGCUAGCUCGUCUCCUAACGAUUUGGAAAGGAGUUUCAGCCAGACUCUGGACAACCUCGGGCUACCUGACGCUCGGGGGAAGGACUUGACCUGUGGAGAUCCUGCUGGGUCGGCACAGAUUUCGAACACGAAGAGCGGGAACACCAGGAUUACGGCUUACCGGGGUUAUUUGCGGGGUCAGGACAUCGACAAUCUGACCAUCUUGACCACGGCUCAAGUCGGGAAGGUCCUCCUCUCGGAAGGUUCCAGCCCUACGGCCACGGGAAUCGAGUUCCGUGACAACGCCGGUACCACUUACACCGCCAAGGCUAAUCUCGAGGUCAUCAUGGCCGCCGGAUCCAUCAUGUCGCCCGUCAUCCUUCAACAUUCAGGUAUCGGACCCAAUUCGGUUUUGAGCUCGGCUUCGGUCGGUUCGAGGGUAGAUUUGCCUGUCGGGAUGAACCUCGUCGAUCAGGUGACGACCACGACCAACUGGCAAUUUUCCGGAAACAGAGGCGGGGCGCAAGAGAUUCUAUUCCCUAGGUUCCAGGACAUGCUUGAAGGUGCCGAUGCUGAUAGAAUGAGGGGAAUCUUGGAGAAUGAUCUCGACGCUUACGCCCAGGAUGCCGUCAACAAUGAUGCGGCGACCAAUGCUACUGCUUUGAGAAUGGUCCUUGAGAUGCAGAGAGAUUGGAUCUUGAACCAAGACGCCGGGAUCGCCGAGAGCUUCGAUUACUCCUACGGAACUACAUUGGGUUAUGAUUCGUGGUUCCUCCUGCCGUUCGGUCGAGGGUCCGUGAAGAUCACCAACUCGGAUGCCUAUGCGCCUCCGUCCAACGGGGUCUCCAUCGAUCCGCGUUACCUCUCAAACGACUUUGAUAGGCUCGCCCAGGGUGCCAUUACCAGGUACACUCGGGAGGUCACCUAUGCAUCCCCGUUGAACGGCAAGAUCACCAGCGAGGGAACGCCUGGAUACGAUGUCGGCGACUUGAAUGCUUGGGCAGACUGGUCCGAAGGCAACUACAGGAGCAACUGGCACCCUAUCGGGACGAUCGCCAUGAUGAGCCAAGAGAUGGGCGGGUGUGUCGACUCCAACUACCAGGUGUACGGUGUCGGAAACCUGCGAGUCGUCGAUGCUUCUAUUCUGCCCUUCCAAGUGUCUUCCCACUUGAUGAGUGUCCUUUACGGUCUGGCCGAGCGUGCUGCAGAAAUCAUCCUCGCGGCCAAUCCCGGUAACAGCGACGGUGGUAACGGCGGCGGAAACACCCCGGAGCCCGAACCCCAGCCCACCGACGGGCGUCAGAUUCACCCCAACGGGGACAAUGGCAAGUGCCUGACGGUCACCGGUCAGCCUGCCGACGGAAGUGCCGUUGUCAUCUCGGACUGCGUAUCGAACGGUGCUGGACAAAGGUGGAACGUUCAGAGGGGAUCCACCUCGGUUCAAUUGGGCGGUACCAACUAUUGCGUAGACGCCGGAUCCAACCCUUCGAACGGGGUCAAGGGCAAGAUCUGGACCUGCUACUCUGGCUUGGCCGCUCAGCGAUGGUGGUUGACAGACGCCGGUGACGACCACCUUGCCGUUCAAGAUCAAGGACAAUGCCUCGAUCUUCCUGAUGGGAACAAGUCGAACGGGAACGUCGUUCAGACUUGGGCUUGCGAUGGAGGAAACCCGAACCAGAAGUGGACCUUGUCUGCCUGAUCGAAGGUGUGAUCAACGAGUCUUCUGAGUUAUUGAGAUGAAGGAGAGGAAGAGAGGAGAUAUAGGUACCAAGGACAAUCGAACAUUUAUGCUUUUUCCCGAUGUAAACGAAACAAACGGGUCUCGGGAACCCCACCAUAAUUCUGGGAUGUAGCGAGUACCGAAUGACGGUGCUCCGUACAACAGCAUAUACGACUGCUUUACGGGAAUUGAUUGCAGCGCGAUCUGGGAUCUGGCCGAUCUGGAAUGAGGUGGAUACGUGUGGU